GUGGCUGCCACCACGGCCGCCAACGCUGCCUUUCCACGCAGCCCGCUCAAUUCGCCCGGCGUCGAGGGCUCCCAGGCGCAUGCCUCGCCCAAGCCCGCGGCCACGCCAGAGCUGCCGCCGUCGCAGAAGCCCAAGGAGGGGAAGAGCAAGAUGAAGCUGUUUUCGUCCAAGCCCAAGAACAUCAAGGUCGACAACCGCGCUGAGAGCAAGCACCAGGCCCUGCCCUCGCCAGGCAAGAUUGGCAUUGGCAUCCACAGCUCCCAGGCGCUGAACCGCAUGAUGAUGGCCGGGUCCACGACGAGCUUGGUCGAUCCAAGCGCACCUUCGAGCAGCGCCUCGCUGUACUCGUCGGCCAACGCAUCCACUUCGACCCUGGUGCCCCCCCGGAACGAGUCGCUGCCGGAGCGCAAGGAGGAAAAGCACAAGCACCACUUCUUGUCGCGCCAGAAACACAAGCUCAAGGACCAGGAUAGCUUUGCGCUCCCGCUGUCGUCGGCCAGCAGCAACUCGAAGCCCACCAACCCCAGCGCCCCUGAGCCUCUGUAUUCCUUCGCCGCCCCGUCAUCGCCAGGCCACUCCAGCACAUUUGCCAGCUCCGUCACCGGCCUGGAUCUGAGGCACGGCGGCCGCCACUUGAGACGCGCCAAGAAAGAGGAGAAGACGGCCGCCUACCUGGAUGCACAGUUGGACCCGCCGCACCGAGAACGGAACCAGUCUUUUAGCAUAGAAAGAUCAGAAUGGCCAUUGCUAGCGGGCAGCAUAUCCAACACUUCGAAUCUUUCGACGCCUGGCCAGGCCAUAUCGCAUACCUCUGAAAUGUCGCAUUUGGGCAGCUCGUUUGGUAUCCACGGUCUCUCGCCAGACGAUGCUUGGCCACUGCUCAAAGCAAGGGUUCUGUUGAUAUUCGAGGGCGAAGACCCACGCCCGCCCGUCGAGGACUUCAACGCCCUCGUCACGGUCCACAUCAAGCGCUGCAUCCAAAAGCGCUCGCCCAUUAUCCUCAUCGAAGACCUCAAUGAGCUUCUACAAACUGGCUUUGGCUCGCUCGACCAGACGCUUCGACACGUGCCCGACGACCGGUUGAUUCCGCACCUCGUCGAGAUGUGGCUGGUUGUCUUCACCACCAUCUUACCCUUUCUCCAAGCCGUCUUUCUCCCUCUUGACCUGGAGUUCAGAGGCUCCGGCAUCAUGACCUCGGCGCAAGCAGCCGAAUUCUGGGGCGUCAUGCUCCCUGACGAAAUGAACACCAAGAGCCCCAACCACAAAAACAUACCCAUCCUCGGCGAACUCGAAGUCCGCCGCAUGACGCUCCUCAUGUUCCGCGACAUUGUCAUUCUCCCCCGCUACGAAGCCCUCAUGGCCAUCUUCUCGCGCCUCUCGCUCGAGAACCUCAACGCUGGCCUCGACUCGCCCUCGCCCAUCCCCCAAGACACGCGCCCCGGCACCGCAGGCAGCGCAAACGACACCCUCCUCGGCAGCCUCAACUCCACCAGCCAGAGCAGCGGCGGCUACCUCGAGUCCACCACCAGCAUCACCUCGUCCACCUUUGCCAGCACCCGUUCCCGCGCCACAUCCAACACCUCGGCCGGCUCCUUCUCCUCAAACCCCUCACAACAUCCCCCGACCACAGUCGCACACCUGCACCCCCCGCCCACCUCGCACUCGCACAACCUGCCCCCCGCCGCCCUGCGGCCCCAACCCAUGGACAGCACAAAAGUCACCGAAACCGUUGGCCGCAUGCUCCAGUGCGUCUCGGUCCUUGUCAGCCUCCAGAGCAGCGACGACGCCCAGGACAAAAUCGGGAGACUCAACAAAGAACUCAAGUAUAACUGGUUGGGUAGAGGUCGCACAGGUAGACAGAGACAGGGCUUUGUCGGCCCGAGAAGUAGAGGCGGCGGCUUGAAUUUGGCCGCGGGCGUGUCCACCCCCUCCCUCGUCCCUCUCACCGUAAUCAAAGGCGCAGGCCAAGAAUUUAUUCCGCUGCCAGAAGGCGACAACGCAACAGUCGCUGAUUUCCACUCCAUCCGCACGCAAACCACCUCGACCCCCACACACCUCACCUCGGGCUUCUACAAGAUCCAGGCCGGGCCCGCCAAGCCGGCGCACUACACGUUUGAAGAGACAAAGUACGUGCUCAGCGGGCAGAUUGACGUGCUGGACGAGGCGACGGGCGUCACGCACCAUUUGGUAGCGGGCGACUUUGCGUUUUUCCACGUCGGGUCCAAAGUGCAGUUUUCGACGCAGUCGAGCGGAAUGGCGUUUUAUGCCGUUACCAGGCCUGUAAGGACGCCGCAUCCGAAUUUGAGGGGGAGGGAGGAGAAGGCGUUGGCCAAGUUGUGA